AACGUUUUUGCGCAUGUUAACUUGCUCCAGCUACAUGCACCGUGUAGACGCACCCUUACACAUCCUUGGCCUUGCUUGGAAGAGCACGGGAAAGCGAUGUCCCUGAAUGCUACUCAGGCGGAUUGGAGAAAACUCUGACACAAUGGCACAAAGGUUCUGAUUAAUCCUGCAACUCAGUCAAUCAAUAGUAGAAGAAAUCAUUCUAUACAUACUCCAAUAUAACGGCGUGCAAGACUGAUUUCGGCUACGCCAGCUGUUCUCAUAUAAGGAGAUCAGCCAACUGCGCGGAACAUAUUAUAGCGCACAAGCAUUAGUGCAGACACAGGUGCACUCACUAUUCCUUCACUCUCAUAGCGCGAUGGGACACCACCGGAGAGAGGUCACAAGCAGGAACGCGACCCGAAGUAAGGCCUCAGGUUCGAGUGCUGUGUGGGUUUUAGAAACUCGCACAAAGCUGCCCGUAAUAUCUGGCGGUAGUCCAAUAUAUUUAUUUGCAGAUUGUUUUCAAUAUACCUAGGUACAUAAAUAGGCGUAAAAAUUAAUCAAGUUAACAAAGAAGGAAUCGAUAUUGAUCGGCUGUCGUAAAACCCGCAUACUUACCAAAUUGAUUUCAUACAUUGCAUCGUGAAAAAUUGAUGCAUUCACUUUAAGUAAAUUUAGUUCAAAAAGUAGUGUUCGACUAGUUAGUACGUAGAUAUGUUAUGAUGACAAAAAUAAGAGUAGUUUUGCUUAUUUUAUUGUUAUUUGGUUCAAUAUACAAUGGAAAGGCAACUACUGAAACAAAUGAAGAUGACACCACUGAAACCACUAAAGCUACAGACCAGAUUCAAAUAGAUGACGAAGAAGAAGAAUCUGACUCAAUUCAAGUGGUAAACGUUAACAGAGAUCCUGUUGAUAUAACAACUACAGCUACAAUUAAUGAUAGUGUAGAUGAAGACGGAACUCAGUCAGUCAGUGUAGAUAGUUCACAAGAAGAGAACUUUACCGUAGCCCCGAGAAAUGCUGAUACAAAUACAGUCCCAGCUGUAACUUCAGCUAUCUCUGACAAUUUAUCUGAAGAUUCAAAAAACAAUUCUGAUCCCCCAUUAGAAAGUCAAGGGGAUGAAGAAGAAUUAGCAAUAACUGCACGUACCAUUGAAGUAAAUGAAGACUUGAGCAAGAACCAAGAACAAAUAGAAGUUAUUGUAGAACCAGCUUCAACUUCUAAAGCAGUCGAAAUCGAAGCAAAAAGGGUAAGUGUUUCGACAGUUGAAAAAGAUGCAAAGGAUUGGAGAAGUGCAGAACAUGAUGAAGAAAUAAAGAAAUAUGCAACUGAUCCAAUAGGUGAUGAAUCCGGGUCUGAAGAUAACAGUGAUGAAUAUAUAGACACGCAGAUAGAUAUUGAGUUGAAAAGUCGAAUGGAUAGUAGAGCUCAAGAAAAAAAGCCAAAAUAUACAAGACCAACGGCUCCGAGGUAUAUGGAGCCACGUGAAGAGCGUGGAUUAUUAGAUUCCGGUCCUAUAAGAACUUUCACAGAAGUAGUAGUACCGCGCUACCGGCCAGUUUUAACUAGAAGUGGCAUAGUUUACACGCCCACCUUACUCUCCAUGCAAUCCAGAUCGCCUCUCUUAGACCGACUAUCAGGUCACUGGCCAAGUAGAAACCACUACAGUCCCGAAGAAAUAUAUCCUAUUUCAAGACCAAGAGGACUCACCGUCAGUGCUCCCCAGUUCGAAGAAACGAAAAUGAUUGAUGAUUACAAUGACUACGGGUCUAAUACUUACUCCUAUAUGCCUAAUAGGAGAGCUACGACCCCUAGGACGCUCCAGCAAGUUCCUACGCCUACUAAAUUUGAUGUGUUCCAAAAGCUAGUGGAAGCUUCUAACCACCCAAAGUCACAAAAACGAACGUUUAGUGAUUUACAUCAAAGAUCGUUUCCUGAGAGUUACGGGUGAACUGCUUUUAACAGAUAUUUAAGACUUUAUAAUAAAAUAUUAGUACGUAUCGUUUUUUUAUUGU